AUGCCCGUUUUCUACCAUGUAGUACCAUCGGACAUCCGAAGCCAGACUGGUCAGUAUUGGAAGGCUUUUCAAGACCAUGAGAAGGAAUUCGAGCAGGAGGAGAUAGAAGGGUGGAAGAAGGCUCCGAGAGAGGAGUUACUAAACAUUGGCUCUAAUGAUGUACAAAUUGUGGGAAUCCAUGGAUUAGGUGGCAUUGAUAAGACAACAAUUGCUAGGUGCGUAUACAAUAGAGUCUAUCAUCGCUUUGAAGGAUGGAGUUUUAUAGCAGAUGCUCACGAAACUUUCCAGCAAAGGGGACUUGUCCAUUUGCAGAGGCAACUUGUCAUUAAUAUCUUGAAUGUAGAGAAUCCAAACAUUUCUAGUGUUGAUCAGGGAAUUGCUAUGAUUAAUCAAAGACUAUCCAAUAAGAAGGUUCUUAUUGUCCUUAUUGAUGAAGUGGAUCAAAAUAUUGAUUUAAAUGCAAUAAUCGGGAAGCGUGAUUGGUUUGGUUUUGGAAGCAGGAUUAUUAUUACCACCAGGGACAAGCAUAUCUUAGAUGUUCAUGGAGUAGACGGAACUUAUGAGCCGAAUGAAAUGCAUUUAGAUCAUUCUCUUCAACUUUUCAACAAGCAUGCCUUCAAGAUGGACCAGCCUCUAGAACAUUAUUUGAAUGUCUCAAAAGAGAUAGUAAAAACUACUAGAGGACUUCCUUUGGCUCUUAAGGUUAUAGGUUCAUUUUUAUUUGGAAAAGAAGAAUCAGCAUGGAAAGAUACGGUGAAGAAGCUGAAAAAUAUUCCACAUGAAGAUGUGCAGCAGAAGUUGAGAAUAAGUUAUGAUGGAUUAAAUUAUGAGAAAAAAGAGAUAUUUCUAGAUAUUGCUUGUUUUUUUAUUGGAAUGGAUAAGAAUGUUGCAUGUUACAUCUGGCAUGGCUGUGACUUUUUCCCUGAAGCAGGAAUUGAAAAUCUUCACCUAAAGUCAUUGGUUAAGGUUGGUGAAAAGAACGAAUUAAUGAUGCAUGAUCAGCUCCAAGAUCUCGGAAGAGAAAUUAUUCAUCAAGGCAGCUAUAAGAAGCUUGAGGAGCGUAGUAGGUUGUUGUCACAUGAGGAGGCAUUGAAAGCAUUGAGUACUCCAACAGGAACUAGGAAAGUUGAAGGACUCUAUACUAUGUUCAAGUACUCCCCUGAAGAUAGGGAAUGUAUGAUAAGUUCUAAAAGUUUUGCUGCAAUGAUUAAACUAAGGUUACUUCAGGUUGAUUAUGUCAAGGUGGCAGAAACUCUAGAAGUUCUAAACCUGAGUUGGUGUGAUAAACUAUCCCAACCUCCUGACUUAUCAGCAAAUCUUCAUUUGGAGGUAUUGAUUCUUGAAUACUGUUCAACUACAAUUGGCUCAUCCAUUGGCCAUCUUAAGAGUUUAAUCAUAUUGAACUUGAAGGGCUGCAAGAGGUUAAAGUAUCUCCCAACCAGCAUUUGGCAGUUGAGUUCUCUCAAAACACUUGACAUUAGAGGUACAAACAUCUGCCAAUUGCCAGAAACAUUGGGCUCCUUGGAGGCCUUAACAGAGCUAUACAUUGACUUUUCUAAAAUACAGUUACUUAGUUCAAUAUGUCAUUUGAGAAACCUCAAAACUUUAAGUGGUGCAAUUUGUCGUACCCUGGAAGGAAGGGUUUCUAUCCUUCAUAAUCUCCCAGAGCUUCCUUCAAGUUUGAAAUAUUUGGAUGCUUUCAUAUGCAAAAUGAAAUCAUUCCCAACGCUGUCAAAUCUGACAGAUUUAGAGACAUUGUGCCUUCAUCAUUGUAAAUAUCUGGUGGAGAUACCAACUACAAUCAAUGCUCUUACAAGGUUGGAGUCACUUGGAUAA